CUCCCGCUGUACUCCGUUCCUUGACUGCUUUCUUUCCGCUCGGACACAGCUCACAUUAUGCUUGCGAAGGCGACAUUUAGAACAGCAAACCUCACGCGAGGGUGCAGGGCCCGCGUGCUUCGCGGCAUGUCAUCCGCAGAUUGGAUGAGCAGCCGGAUGGCUUCUGGCUACGCCAAGUUUGACUGGGAGGACCAAUUAAACCUUGAGAGCCUCCUCACAGAAGAGGAGAUCGCUGUUCGCGACACUGCUCGCGCUUUUUGUCAGGAGAACCUCCUACCCCGUGUCAUCGAGGCUCAGCGGACGGAAGAAUUCAACCACAACAUUCUCCCCUCCAUGGGCGAGCUCGGGCUCCUCGGGCCGACCAUCAAGGGGUACGACUGUGCGGGCGUGAGCAGCGUUGCGUACGGUCUCAUUGCGCGCGAGGUGGAGCGUGUCGACUCAGGAUACCGCUCGACGAUGUCCGUGCAAUCGUCGCUCGUGAUGCAUCCCAUAUACGCGUAUGGGACCAAGGAGCAGAAGGAGAAGUACCUCCCUCUUCUAGCCAAGGGCAAAAUCAUUGGUUGUUUCGUGAGUCACUUCCUUCAAUCUGCUCCCUGUCUACUCCUACGUGCGUCCUGCUUGACCCACUAUUGCAUGCGUGAAAGCUUGCAUGCACACGAAAUAGGCUGUCAUACGACUGUGUACAAGCGUUACUGUCAGGGAUGUAGCGCAUCACAGCGAGUCUCGUCGCGGCUCUCCGAUUGCAGUAACGACGCUGUCGUUCUUCAGAUCCCACAGUCAGCCUCCACUAUCAUUGCUAACCAUGACAUUCAGGGUCUGACCGAACCAAACCACGGAUCCGACCCAGCGGGUAUGGAGACGACAGCGACAGAAGUUGAUGGCGGCUAUGUGAUCAACGGCGCGAAGACAUGGAUAUCCAACGCCCCUGUCGCCGACAUCUUCGUCGUCUGGGCACGCUGCAAGUGGGACAACAAGGUCCGCGGCUUCAUCCUCGAGAAGGGCAGCAAAGGCCUUUCCGCCCCGGCGAUCAAGCACAAGCUCGCCCUGCGCUGCUCACUCACAGGCUCCAUCUUCAUGGACAACGUAUCCGUUGGCCACGACGCGCUUCUCCCUCACGGCUCGGGGCUCGGGGCGCCGUUCGGGUGCCUGAACAACGCGCGGUACGGGAUCUCGUGGGGCGCGAUGGGUGCGCUCGAGGACUGCGUGCACCGGACGCGGUCGUACGCCCUAGAGCGGCACCAGUUCAAGCGGCCGCUGGCGAGCUUCCAGCUAGUGCAGAAGAAGCUGGUGGACGCGCAGACGGAGGUGUCGCUGGGGCUGCUGGCGAGCUUGCAAGUGGGGCGGCUGAAGGACGAGGGCAAAGCUGCGCCGGAGAUGAUCAGUCUCGUGAAGCGGAACAAUUGCGGGAAGGCGCUGGAGCACGCGAGAAGGGUGUUGGAUAUACUGGGGGGCAAUGCUUGCUCGGACGAGUACCAUGUUGGCAGGCAUGUCGCAAACCUUCAGGUCGUAAAUACAUAUGAGGGGACCUAUGAUAUCCACACACUCAUUCUGGGCAAAGCGCUCACGGGGAUUCAGGCCUUCGCUAAUUAAAUAGCGUAGUUGUCGAGCUAAGGGUCUGCCUAGCAUCUGUACUUGAUUCGCAGUGCACCAUUGGAGCCCUACACAAUCUACGUUCAUAAUGUCUGCAUCCAA